UUUCUUCCAAGCGAGCAACGGCUCUCCUCUCCAGAGUCCAGUCAGCCCGACGGAAGGAACUUUCGCAUUCGUUUAUUUUCCCCCGCCUCCGCGCCGAACACGAUCACGCCAGUCUACAGCCCUCCGGCGGACUCUAGAAAAUUUUCAAAUCCUGCUCGGCGUAAUCGGUUCACAACUCGGCAAUUGGCGUUCAUCCCGAACCAGCGACCGACGUCUCUGAUGAAGAUUCCAUCGGCGGGCGCUUCAUAAGCACCAUGGACGCGGAGGCGGAGUCGGCCGCCGCGAAUCAAGAAUGUAGCGGAAGCAGCGGAGGGGAAGGGGUUAAGAGUACCGAGAAUGGCAACAAGGAGGAGCAGCGAGAGAAAGGGGAGACGACGACGAAGAAGGAGGAUGUGGGAGGAAGAGUAGAUCCGGAGUUCUUCUGCUGCUUGCUUCAGCCUGCCAAUGCCGAUUCGGAUCCUUAUUAUGCCGGCAUCCGGCGGCUCCUCCUCUAUCGCAAAGCGGAGUCUGGUUGCGUCCGACGUCUGGAUUGGAGAUGCAACGGAAAAGGCUACAUCCAUUAUCGUAAUUACAUCAGAAGGCCAAGAAACUGGGAGAAGUCGCAAGUUCCAAGCCUCCUAAGCACCCCAGGAAACAGCAGUGGUCGAUGGUUUCGAUCUUCAAGUUCAUUCUCCCAAUUAUAUGACAUGGAAAGCCUUUCUUCUAGCCGGGACGUGCCUAGUUUUAAUCCAUCUUCAGCUCGUAGGACAAGUGUCAGCUCUGGAGGAAGUGAUAUUAAUCAUCCACGUGAGAGACAGCCUGAACCUGGUUAUUCUUUUGUGGGAAUGCAUUGCAUCUUUGAUCACAGCAAAGCUGCUGUGACAGUUUUGAAGUUCGGUAAGAGGAGUUCUGAUCUACUGGCAUAUGGGGCAUCUGAUGGAACACUGACAGUUUGUACAGUCUCCCAGUCACCUUCUGUCCUCAAACAGCUGAAUGGACAUUCAAAAGAUGUCACAGGUUUGAUUACCUGAGAGCAAACUGGAUCUUACUUUGACUUCUCCUCCAACAAUCAGUAUAUUGCAUCAUCGUCAAUGGAUAAAACUGUGAGAGUGUGGGAGUUAUCGAAAGGAACUUGCAUUAGAGUUAUCUAUGGAGUUUCCCAACAACUAUGUAUUCGUUUUCACCCUGUAAAUAACAACUUCCUUUCAGUUGGCAACGUAAACAGAGAAAUCACUGUAUUCAAUUUCAGCACAGGCAGGAUUAUUGCCAAAACAGUUCUAAAAAAUGAGGUUACCUCAAUGGACCACGAUCAUACCGGUCGGCUCAUUUUCUGUGGAGAUCAGCAGGGAUGUAUAUAUUCCAUCGGCAUGGACUCCCGUACUGGCGCCUUGUCCCGCUCUCAUCGAUAUCGAAGUAGCAGCAAGAGCAAGUCCCCGGUGACGACUGUGCAGUACCGAAGUUUCUCUCUUCUGGCACGUGGGCCCGUGUUGCUAACGUGCACUCAAGAUGGAAACUUGUCCUUCUUCAGAGUGGCUUUGGAAAGGAAAGGUUACCUAACUCUUCACUGCUCACUGAAAUUAGCUCCACGAGUACACAGCAUGAGGGCGUCAUUCUGCCCUCUUCUCUCCCUUGAGCAAGGAGAAUAUAUAGUUGCUGGAAGUGAGGAUUCGAACGUCUAUUUCUAUGAUCUGACGAAGCCAAACAAUCCUUGUGUGAACAAACUACAGGGCCAUCAGUUUCCAGUUAUUGGUGUCGCUUGGAACUAUGGCGAAAACUUGCUGGCCUCGUCGGAUCUUCACGGAGUUGUCAUUGUGUGGAAAAGGGCAAAGACAGGAUAGAGGUACACGAAUAACGACAGAGAUCGGUCUCAUUUCAGUUUUCAGCGUAGGAGAAACAGGAGAGACGAGCGUGGAUCUGCUGGUAGGAAAUUCUUUGGUUCAUUCGUCGUUCGUGCUAUAUGGAAGUAAAACGAUUCUCGUUGUAAGUGUUCGAUAUCUAGUUAGGAUCCACCUAUUGUAAAUCGGAAUAACAUCGUAAGAGGUUGCACAGUAGGCUGGAUUGGUUUGUUUACGAUUGGUUCUUGAUAUUCUUUCACGGAUACCAAAUCUGGUGCAAUUAUGUUAAAAUGAUGGCGAUUGAAUAAUAUUGUUUUACUUCAACAACGAGAUCAUAUCAACAAUGUUCAAUACUUUAUAGGCUAAGAUAUGGAGUGCAAACUAAAACAUCAUUUC